AUGCUCGUGAUGCAAGCGAUCAAAUACCCGAUUUUCUUUUUUGCGCUUUUCACCUCUGUUCUCAAUGCCUUGGUCAUCUCAGGCAAGCUGGACUUGCCCCAGGAGUCCUUGGCGGAUCCUGCGCGAGUCUGGGUGUCUUUGUCUAAUGAGACGUGGAGCACAAGGUGCCGUCUUGAUCGACGCGGAGAGUUCUCCACGAUAGAUCUAGAGCCCGGUAACUACUCAUUUGUGUUACGGUCGCUUGACUUUGCUCUCUCAAAGACCAACUUCUUCCGUGUCGAGGUCAAUGGUGAUUUCGAAGUCUUUGAAGUGUACCCCGGAAUCGCCGCUACUGACAAUCCGGUUCCGCUUCAAAACAAGUUAAACUUUACUAGCGAGUCAAUUGUCAUCAAGUCGUUUGCAGACGAAGACCAAACGGCAGGCAUCCUGAAAAUGAUCCCCUUCUGGGGACUUUUCCAACAGUAUCCAAUCCUAGGUCUUGUGCUAGCUGCAAUGGCAUUGAUUGCCCUGCUACCGACACUCAUAAGCUUCAUUGAUCCCGAGUUUACGCAACGUGCGCUUGAAACACGACAGCUCGCCAAAGACGAAAACAAGGCAAAGCGUGCUUAG